GCCCCCUGACGGAGUCAGCGUAUUGCAAACUCCAGCAGAGUGGUGUAGCCUCCUCCUCCCUCCUCAUCCCUCACUCCUCCGGGCGUGCGGAGCGCAUCCUCCGAGCUCCAGCUGUAAGGAGUUCAGCUCGGACUGUCAGUGCCCAAACCGGUCGUGCUCUGCAGUAGGUGGGGGUGCAGAUUGAGGCGAGAACAAGAGAUCUAUCACUGCGAUGGGUCCGGAGGUGGGGAGGCUUUCGUGAUUGUCCAGUGAACGGUGGUGAAGUUCCUCAGCUCCGCUUGGAUCCCCCUCUCCAGGACGCAGAGAGUGACAGAGCGUUCAGCAUGAGUAACAUCUAUGAGUCUGCAGAGGCCACGCUGGGCUUCAUCAGCUCUCCAUGCCUGACCAAAGUGGAGUUGCGAGUGGCGUGCCGGGGCAUCUCGGAUCGUGACGCUCUCUCCAAGCCUGACCCGUGCGUGGUGCUGAAGAUGCAGUCGCACGGCCAGUGGUUCGAGGUGGAUCGUACGGAGGUGAUCCGCAGCAGCAGCAGUCCAGUGUUCUCCAAGAUCUUCUUGGUGGAUUACUACUUCGAGGAGGUUCAGAGGCUCCGCUUUGAGCUGCACGACAUCAGCUCUGGCAACAAUGGUCUCCGUGACGCUGACUUUUUGGGAGCAAUGGAGUGCACCUUAGGACAGAUUGUCUCACAAAGGAAGCUGAGCAAAGCUCUUCUCAAACAGGGGAACACCGCCGGAAAGUCCUCCAUCAUGGUGACAGCAGAAGAGUUGUCUGGAAACGACGAUUACGUCGAACUCUCAUUCAGCGCUCGGAAGCUGGACGACAAAGAUUUCUUCAGUAAGUCAGACCCUUUCCUGGAGAUUUUUAGAGUAAAUGAUGACGGGACGGAGUCGCUCGUGCACAGAACUGAGACGGUCAUGAACAACCUGAGCCCAGUCUGGAAAUCCUUCAAAGUUUCCUUGAACACAUUGUGCAGCGGAGACCACGACAGGGAGUUAAAGUGUACAGUUUGGGACUGGGACUCCAAUGGAAAACACGACUUUAUUGGAGAGUUUCAGACCACGUAUAAAGAGAUGAUGAAGGCAGAGCAGGAGGGCAAGCAGAUCCAAUGGGAAUGCAUCAACCCUAAAUAUCAAAUGAAGAAAAAAAAUUACAGAAACUCUGGGACUGUCAUCCUCAACCACUGCAAGAUCAUUAAAAUGUAUUCUUUUCUGGAUUACAUCAUGGGAGGCUGUCAGAUUCAGUUUACGGUGGCGAUAGACUUUACAGCAUCCAACGGGGAUCCAAGGAACAGCUGCUCCCUCCACUACAUCCAUCCCUACCAGCCCAAUGAGUACCUCAAAGCUCUGGUGGCUGUUGGAGAGAUCUGCCAAGACUAUGACAGUGAUAAAAUGUUCCCUGCAUUUGGUUUUGGAGCUCUGAUACCACCUGACUUCAAGGUUUCGCAUGACUUUGCCGUGAACUUCGACGAGGACAAUCCUGAGUGUGCAGGGAUCCAAGGUGUGGUGGAGGCCUACCAGAAUUGUCUCCCUAAGAUCCAACUGUACGGGCCAACUAAUAUUGCCCCGAUCAUCCAGAAAGUGGCCUCCUCCGCCUCUGAGGAGAUGCACACCAAAGAGGCCAUGGAAUACUUCAUCUUGCUGAUCCUGACGGACGGAGUCAUCACCGACAUGGCUGACACACGGGAGGCCAUAGUCCAUGCCUCUCAUCUGCCCAUGUCGGUCAUCAUUGUUGGCGUGGGCAACGCAGACUUCACAGACAUGCAGAUCCUUGAUGGAGAUGAUGGUAUCCUGCGUUCACCCAAGGGCGAGCCUGUCCUCCGAGACAUCGUCCAGUUUGUCCCUUUCAAGGACUUCAAACAUGCCUCCCCAGCUGCCUUGGCUAAGAGUGUUCUGGCAGAAGUCCCGAACCAAGUGGUGGAUUACUACAACGCGAAAGGAAUUAAACCCAAAUGUAUGUCAGACUACGAGUCCACAAGAACCUUUAGCCCCUGACAACGGACUGUGUGCAUAUCUACACUCAAUUCCUGCACACAUUUGCCCUUAACACUUAUCUAAAUACUAUUUAAGUACUGUAUAAAACAUUAACAUGCGCUAAAGAAAGCACAAGCAGACAUACAAAAGCACACACAACAGCACAGCAUACAGUAGUCUAGCUCAGAGAAAUAGUUUGUUAAGGUGAUACAGUUUGACCUACCCCAUCGGUGAUUAUUGCAUGUUCGGCCACAAAGACGUCACCAGGGGGGAAAUUAUUACUAUUUAACGUACAUUUACAAGGUAUUUCUAGAAAAACUGUCAGUCUUCUGAACCAGCAUGCUGACUCUGACCAUAGCUCGACAAAAGAAAUGACAAUCUUACCUUAUUUAGUCAACUAGCAGGUAAAUAAAGCAAGGAUUCGUGUGGGAGAACGCCUAAAUGUUAGCAUGCCUAAACGAAAGUGUUAGCAUUGCAAAUGUUAUUAGUGAGGGUAGUGAGAUUUCAGUUAGUUUCCUGCAUAAAUGCAUGCAUAAUUCAGCUCCCUCAAAUAUCCAAUCUCCAGUAGCUGCUUGCUAGUUACGAAAUAAAGUAUUUCUGUCAUUUGUGAGAGUCUGGGGUCAUCUUUGAUGUUUGGGGUUCUUUUCUACAGAUUUGUUUGUGGUUUUGCUAAAUGGAAAAUUAAUAACAGAAUAAUUGUAAUAUUUCUUAAUAACCUUCUUAUAUUGUAAAGAGCUUUGGGAGAAUAGACAAGUGUGUGUGGUAGACUAACCUGUGAGCUGAAAACAUUUUCUCUUUUUCUGUAUCCUGCAUGUUGACAAUAAUAAAGAUACUUUGGUUUUCUCA